CACUGUUGCCAAACUUACGAUAUUAAGCGGAAACGUCAUUUUUAAAUCCUAUCUUUAGCGAGUUAAAGUCAAAUUUAACAAAUAGCUUCGUAAUAUAAAGCAUUUAGGUGAGCUUAAAGGCAGUUUUUGAUACUUCGGUUGCUUAAAUAAGCUUUAUGUAGCUUAAAUUAAUGCAAACGUUGUUUAUUAGCAUAAAGACUUGACAACGUGCGUCUGGGGCGCAUGGUGAAAAUUGAUUUUCGGUUUUUUCUCGAUUCGUAUGUUUUGAAACGGCCGUCGCGAUGUCCGCCGUAAACGAUUCUGUUUUAAGUGACGAAGAAUUGAAAAUAUUCAAGGCGAUCGAAAAAAACGACUGCGUACUUUUGAAAACCCUUCUCACCGACCAGAAAAAUGUGAACAUUGUCGAUGAAAAUUCCAUGACCCCUUUGCAACAUGCAGCGUAUAAAGGCAAUGCAGAAAUAGUGCAAAUGCUACUUGAUCAAGGGGCCAAUGUAAAUCUAUGUGAACACCAGCACAAAUACACAGCUUUGCAUUUUGCUGGUUUGUCAGGGAAUGUAGAUUGUUGCAUAUAUCUACUUUUAGCAGGGGCCAAGUCCGAUGUUACCAAUUCCGUUGGUAGAACACCAUCUCAAAUGGCUGCGUUUGUAGGUCACCAUAAUUGUGUGGCUACGAUUAAUAACUAUGUCCCCAAAGAGAAUGUGGAUAUAUUCACCAUCGCAACAGAUGGAAAAGAUACUGAAUUGCCUGCUUUCAUAGCCGAUAGCUUCCAUAAAUUUAUAAUGCAAGUCAAUAUACACCCUGUUAAAGUUGUGUUAAAUAUCCACAAUUAUGUAGGGUUAGGUGAACAUUUACCAGAGUGCAAAAAAGUACUGGAACUAAUGUGCGAAAAAGAAAUGAAAAAGGGGGCUGAAAACAAUGAAACCAUGGCAUUUAAAUUCCACUACCUCAGCUAUGUAGUCGGCGAAAUCAUUAAAAUAAAACAAAAACAAACCACCAACAAAACUGAUGAUGAGAAAAAGUUGGACAUAACUGAGUUAUUCACGAGGAAAAUCCUAAAACCAGGCCGCCAAGGUGUCUUGGAAUUCAUGGAAGGUUUUAUCAAGGACUGUGUACGAGAAUUUCCUUUCAGGGAAAGCAACUUAUUCCGGCAAAUAGUUGCCUCUCUAACAGGGGACAACCCUGCUGGUGCUUUAAACGUUCUGAGUGCAGCUAUUAAUGGACAAAGGGGCUUCAUCGAUAACGCUUCCAUGUGCAGCACAUGUGGUGAGGAGAAAGCCCCCAAAAAAUGCUCCAAAUGCAAAGUUGUGCAAUACUGUGACAGAAAUUGCCAGCGCUUGCACUGGCACUGGCACAAAAAAGCCUGCGCGAAAUUGGCGCAAAAUCCAGAAUACCUAGACAAAACCACCCCUGACACCAAUGAAAUUUCUUCAGAGCUACAGAAUUUUCUUAUUAACAGCGAAAAAUAAGGACUGAUGAAGAGCUUACCAAAUUACAAUAUUUAAGUAGGUAAAUGUAUUUAAAACUAUUAAUAUUAUAUCCUACUUGUAUUAUUAUUAAUCUGUUUAUACAAGGUUCAUCCGACUUUUAUUUGUAGACAAAUUUUAAGAAGAAUAAACAG